ACUCCAAUGCGCCGCUAGCGGAGAUCAGGAGCAGUUGCCGCCAUGUCCAGUUCGGUGUUUACGGAGGCGCCCAGCGCCCGGCCGGCGGCAGCCGACAGUGACUCCAAUCUGGUGGUGGUCUACAGCAAGAAUGGAGUCUCCUUCGACGAGCGCGCCAUCGGGAAUAUCAUGGAGGAAAAAUCGAUUUCCACCAUCAGCGUGGUGCGUCUCACCUCGCCCACGCCCAGCAUGGUGGACCAGGAGGAGGCCGAACGGCUGGAGGAGCUGGCCAGCUUCAUGGACGCGGCCACGGACUCGGAGCUGGACAGCGACAACGGCAGCCAAAGUGGCGGCGGCGGCGGUGGCGAGGAUACCAGCGAUGCGGACGCCCAGGACGAGGAUAACCAAAACACCGGCGGGGAGAGUCACAAUGGUGACUCCACGGAGACGGAAACCGAAGCCCCGCGCACCCGCAGGCGUGCCGGCCGAAAGCCCAAGACCAUCAAGAAGCGCAAGCGACGCAGGCCCAAGGAGCGACCCCAAAUUGUGGGCCUGCGGGUGGAGCAGUUCUAUGCGGACAGCACGGCUGAUAUGGUUGUGAAAAAUGCACUGAAGCUGGCAGGAGUUUCCGUCUACAAGAGGACUGCGGAGACAGACGCGCAGCUGGAGGUUAUCCGCAACGACCACAACUACACACCCUUCACGUCGCCGGAGCAGCUCAGGAAUCACAAGCGAGCCGAGAAGAUGGCCAUGGAGGUGCAGGCCCAGAGCCGCAAAAUCAUUAUGCAAGCACCGGGCAGUGUGAAGCUAAUCAAUGCCAAAAAGCGCGUCCAGGCUGUGCCCUUCAGUCCGCUGCAGGUGAAGGUCCAGCGAGUGGCCGUGAAGCCACAACAAGUUCCGCAGCCGACGCAGCUGCAGGUGAUCCGCAAGCCCAUCCAGCCGCCACUGCCACAAAAGCCAGAGAUUAUUGCGAGCAGACCGAGACCCACACGCGCUCCCGUCAAAGUGAUUGCUCCAGUGCAGGACUUCAUCGAAGACGACGACGAUGCGCAUAGCUCGGAUCCCGCGGACGAGGAGAACGCCGACAAGUCCUAUGAUACGGAGGAGAUGAGCGAGGAGAGCGAUGACUUCCAGGAAUCGGACAACGACCGCGACAGCGACAUGGACUUCGAUAUGCGGCGCAGCGGCGGCCGCACUGCGAACAAGAGGAAGCGAGUGAGGAAGGUGGUGAGGCCAGCGGCUCAAAGCAAACCAGUGAAGCCUCUGCACCCGUCGCCCUCCGCACCGCAGCACUUCCCAGAACUAAAGAAGCGGAAGGAAGUCGUUGUGGAACAGAACAAGGCCCCGCAGAUUGGCCAAAUCAUUCAGUUGCCCACGAAAGCGGCGGCGCCCACAGUGUUUGCCCUGGGCAGAGGACUUCCCAGCACCUCGUUCUUGAAGAUUCGACCCACACAUCAGACGCUGCCGGUCAAGAAACCACCACUGCCAACGGCGGCACCCGCAAAUUCCAAUGUGCGCCGCAUGCCAGCCGUGCAAUUGGGCAGGAUCAUGAACUCGCCGCAGGAGGUUAAGGAGAUUAUCAUUAACAAGAACAUGGCCAGCCCCAAGGGAGUGUUUACCAAUUUGAACAGCCUGCUGGGCGAGAACAACAAUGCUACCAUCAAAUCCUCGCCUGAUCCUCUCCGCCACCGUGCUGUGAUGUCGCCCAGCACUCCACGGUCGAGCUACAGCCAGCAGAUGCCCCCGAUUGUGGUUCCUGUUCCUGCUUCUGCUGCUGCUCCCUCGCAAGCUUUAACCCCGUCCAAGGGGUUCAUGCCCAUCGGCGUGGACACGGCUCAGUCGCACAAGUUGCCCGCCCAAAUUGUGAUCGAGACCCACCAGAGUUCCUCCGAGUUGGCGGCCGAGAAUGACAAGCAGCUGGAUCUAAUCAACUCGAUUGUGCAGGACGAACUGCUGAAGGCGACGCUCGUGGAACAGCCGCCAGUUAAUGCCGAUGAAGAUAUACCAAAAUUGGUUAAGAUGCUGGAGAGCACAGCGGCGGAUUUGGGUCCCCAGUUGCCACCGCAAAACUUUGGUAAUUGCGGCUUGCAGGGACCAGAAAAUCCCAUUGACAUUAUGGAGACGGCGGACGAGGAUGAGAUUACGGCAGAUUUCCUGCAGCAUGUGGUGGGUCUGAUCGAGGAGGACAAGCAGUUUGAGGCCGAGGUGGUGAAGCAAGUGCUGGCCAGCACAGAGCCGGGUACCCUGGAUGACAUUGUGUCGUUGCCUACGCAGCCUGUAAUCUUAUCGCAAGGCUCAACCGUUCAGACCCCAGCGAAUCUGCCUGCUCAAGCUGUUCUUGUAGAGCCCUCGCAAUCGAUGACCUCACUGCCCAUUGCCUGCAGUACUCCUUCGAGGAGCGUGGCAACAACACCUUUGGCUACCUCGGCAAAGGUUGUGCGUGGCAACGGUCGGGUCAUUUACCUGCCUCCCAUGGAAGCGCCCACAACGCGUGCCAAGCGACGGGCACAGUUUCCCGCAGCCUCCGGAAUAGCCACUACUAGUAGCGCGGAUCUGGGCAACGUGUCCUUUGGUGAAACGUCUCUGGAUACAAGCAUUAGUCAGCUGGCCAAUAUCAGCAGCCUGAGCAAUGACAGCCAAACGGGAGUGGGGCCAAAACGACCCAAUCCCAGGGAGCCAUCGCUGGCCAGGCGCUCCGCGGUGCCCAGAAGAUCGAAGAAGCUUAACACGAGUCAGAGCAAUGAUCCCGAGGCCUCAGAAUCUCAGGAGGAUGACGAUGAUCCCAAUAAGCUCUGGUGUAUCUGCCGUCAGCCCCAUAAUAAUCGUUUUAUGAUCUGCUGUGACUUGUGCGAGGAUUGGUUCCACGGAACAUGUGUUGGGGUCACCAAAGCAAUGGGCACAGAGAUGGAACACAAGGGCGUCGACUGGAAGUGCCCGAAAUGUGUUAAGAAACAGGAGGAGAAGAGCCAACCGCGCAUAACGGACAUGUUGGUUAGCAAAACAUCCUUAGCACCAGCUGAGGAAAAACCAAAUGAAACCAAAGUACCAUCGUCGUCGGUGGAAUUUGUUCAGGUUACUACGACUCCUUCGACGCCCAGAAGAACACUGCCGGUGGGGGUUACCGUAGCCAGUUCCCCCAUGCGAGUGCCUAUGAUAAAGUCGGCGAAGAAAUUCCCAAGCAGUGCAAUCCCCAAUCAGCAGCAGCCGCAGCUUAACUUUAUCAAAUUGGGACCAUCCCCUAACCGCAUUUCGGAGUCGAUUUGUGUUGUCUGCAAGCGGCCGGCGAGCUCCAAUUCCGUUUACUGCGGCGAAGAGUGUAUACGGAAAUACGCCCAAAGCGCCCUUCACUCACACUCGGUGGCCAAAGGUCCAGAAAGUCCGUUGCCGCAAUUUGCCAGCGUUCAAUCGCCUUUGAACAACUCCCUGGAGGCCAAGAAAAACAAGAAGAAGGAUCUGUUUGAGGACGUGCUGAGGCAGGCGGACUCUGUUUCAAAAGUGGAUCGUAUAAAUGUGUUUGAGCGCAGAACGGGACGUGUAAUCACCGGCCACUUGGCACCAACUGCACAUCAGUUGCGAAAAUGGCUGCAGGAGAAUCCCACCUUCGAGGUGCUGCCCUCGGGAACACUUCAGUCAACCGACGCAGAGAAGCGUCAGCUAAAACGAGCCCCGGAAUUAUCCACCUCCGCUGAAGCUGCCGCAGUUGCAAAUGCAGUUCCAAAAAAGCCGAUUGAAGCUGCGACCAAAUUAAGCCAACCAAUUGCAGUUCAGGCUAACUCAGUGGGGAUCUCUUCCGUGCGUAACUUGCCCAAGAAGGAGAAAGAGAGGCCUUCAACUCCAGCGCAAGUGGCCACGCCCAGUCGAAGCGCAGGCAAACCCGAACCCGUUCGAAUUGGCAUUCGACGGUCCCUCAAAGAGCAGCUGCUGUCGCGGAUCAAGGAGGCCCAGGCUGCAGAGCUGACCUCAAGCCAGGAGGCAGCAACCCAGUGGCUGACGGUACUCGAAGUGGAUCAGUUCGUGAAGAACGUGGAAUUGGAAAUGUUCAAUUCGUUUGGACGCGACGUGGGUGCCAAGUACAAGGCCAAGUAUCGGUCGCUUAUGUUUAACAUCAAGGAUCGCAAGAACCGAACGCUGUUCGAGAAGAUAUGUGCCAAGCAGGUGGAGCCCAAGCAGCUGGUGCGAAUGACGCCCGAGCAGUUGGCCAGCCAGGAAUUGGCCAAGUGGCGAGAGGAGGAGAAUCGACACCAGCUGGACAUGAUCAAGAAAUCCGAGCUGGACAUGCUGUCGUGUGCCCAAAACUAUGUCGUAAAGACGCACAAAGGAGAGGAGGUGAUUGCCACGAAGGUGGAUGUUACGCUGCCCGAAGAGGAUGUCAUCGAAGCAUCUGCGGUUGACAAGAAGCAGUCGUCAGUGGUGAGUGAGCCAGAUACCUCCAUACUGGAACGUUCCUCCUCCAGGGAGAAGUCGGGGUCAUCGAAGGAGAAGCGCCACAAGAGCCACAAGCAUCAUCACCGCAAACGGAGUCGCAGUCGUUCCAAUAGUCGCGGUCGAAACGUCGAGAAGCGCCAUCGUCGCCAUCACAACGAAGGGGAUUCAGCUGGAGGAGGAGGAGGAGAAUCGCGAGAGCAUCGAUCCCGCGAGAAACAAAGCAGGGAAAGAGAUGAGGUGAUGCCCAAGAAGAGGGAGGAAAACGAUCAAUCGCCGGUGCCCAAAAAGAAAGUAGAGCCCAAUGCCUACAACCUGAUUGAUCAAAUUCUGGAAUCUGAGAAAACCGUUGAGCAGGCAGCGAAUUUGGGCAAACCGAAACCUUCACCCAAGCCACUGCCAACUCUGCCAAAGGCCGCCGAGCCGCAGGACAACUACUCCCGCUAUGUGCAAGGCCUGACCAUGAGUUCCCUGUGGUCCGGCACCCUCAAGAUGAUCGACCUGGCUGACUUUGAGAUGGUCAUGUACCCCGUUCAGGGCAACUGCCAACAACUAGGCAGCCUAAUGCCCAGCCAGAUGGAUGUAAUCGGUCGCAUUACCCGCGUAAAUGUCUGGGAGUACAUCAAGAAGCUGAAAAAGAGUCCCACAAAGGAGGUGGUCCUGGUGAACAUAUUUCCCGCAUCGCCCAGCGAGACACGCAAGUUUGAUCUCUUCUUCGAGUACCUCGACUCGCGUCAGCGGUUGGGCGUCUUGGGAGUGGACUCGGAUCAGGUGCGGGACUUUUACAUAUUCCCACUGGGCACCAACGAUGAGUUGCCGCCAGCGCUGCAGACCCCAGAGUCAGUUCCCUUCUUCGAGGACGCCCAACGACCCAACACGUUGCUUGGCAUCAUCGUGCGCUGCGUGAGCAAGCGACCUGCAGAAGCUCCGCCAACGACACCAUCAGUGCCUUCUCCGGUUCCCACUGCCAGCAGCAAGGUAGCAAGGAAAUCUCGCAGCACGACCGUGUUCACGCCCCAAAGCAGCCCCAAACGCAAGGCGAGCACCCACUCGACCAGCUCCAAGGAUGAUGAGUUCGACAUCGAUGCCAUCAUCAAGGCGCCAAUUGCAAAGCUGCAGAAGACUGUACCCAAAGCGGUGCCCCUGCCAACGGUGACGAACGAUGCCGAUGACGAGCCCUAUUCGCCUGGCGGAUCCGACGACGAAUUGGUGCCGACUGCUCCAAGAAUCCCGAACGAUCUUGAGCGGCAGGUGAAUGAAAUUAACAAGCAAAUAGCCGCGCAACAAAUGGAAAUAGCCGGCUUGCUUAAAGUAGAGCCCUCGGGAUCAGCGUCCUCGUCGAAUGUUCUAGCCGGCAUAUCAAUUCCACCAAAUCUUUCAAAGAUCCUGGCCAGCAUCAAGGACAAAACGGACCUGUCCUCUAAUGCUGGCGAAGGAGAUGAGGAGUACAACCCCGAGGACGCAAUCACCACGGCCAGUUCAAUGGCAGCGAAGCCGAAGAGCAAAGGUCGUUUGGCGCAUCUAAGUGAAGCUGAGCUUCUUAGAAUGGCGACGGACAAUAUGGCAGGCGUGAGUCCCAGCUCGUCAAGGAGCCGCCACCAGCAUCAUCCACCGCCACCGCUUCCACCACCGCCGCCACCGCCUCCGGGUGUUUAGGGAACACCACCAACUGGAAGUAGGCUAACCCGCGCGCUAAUCCUUUAAUCGUUAUUAGUUUCUGAAUGAAAUUCACGACACUCUUGAUUUGAAAUUGUCCCUCGCCCUCUCAUUGUGUACAUUCUCAUCCAGCGAAUUCGAUACCAUCUAUGUAUUAUAUCUGGCCAAUCGGAACUAUUUAAUUUUCAAACCCCCACUUAAUCAGGAUCCUCUGUCGCCUUGCAAUGCAAGUUAAGAAUCGGUUUUUCGCAUCAUACUCUUUCGAAUCCUGUACAUUUCCUGGAAAAUAAAAAGUGCUACGUAACAUUUGUUUUAGGGAUACGAUAAUCGUGA